AUUAACAAUUUAAGAGAGGAAAGAUCGAGUCUUUUGGGGCUCUCAUUUAACGGCGGUAUUUUUAACCUCGAAAGAUUGACUGAGAAGAAAGAUGUCCUUGAGUCGUAAAAGCUUUACAUUCCUGCUUGAGGCAGUUAAGGAAUCAGGUUAAGCAAAGACCGUACUUACAAUGGAAAUGGCGAAUCUAAAAAAGCAACGUCUUUUCUUCGCUGCUGUAGUUUUUUCAUUAUCGAGAUUAGCGAUGUCUCUACAGCAAGGCCAUUCUUCAUUUACAGAUUGUGGAAGCACGUAUACUCAUGUCAAUGGAACAAUUCUCACCCCAACCACCACCCCCUCAAACUACACUACAGCAAUAAAAUGUAAGUGGAUAAUAGACACAAGAAAUGAGAGUACCUCGCAUCACCUUCAGCUGAAAGUACAGGAGAUYGACCUCAAAGGAAACAUGCCGUAUUGUUUGACGGGUAAUUACGUGGAAGUAUUCAUAGGUUGUGGAUAUACAUCUAUUGGACGGUUCUGUGGCAUCAGCGUGCUACCUAUAUUCUAUUCUUCUGAUGGCUGUAUGGCGAUAAUUUUGCAUUCACAACAAGGAAAGAGYAAUUUUAAAGCAGUUUACAGCUUGCGACCACUAAAUAAAGAGGUCGAGCACCUACCAAUUGGCUGUGGAGUAUCUGAAGUCGACAACACAAGACAUGGCAACAUAUUUUCUCCACAUUGGCCCUUGCCCUACCCAGAUUAUGUGGAUUGUGUUUGGACAGUAAGAACGCGCAAAGAUUUGGAAGUGAAGCUAAUUUUCUUUGACUUUGAUAUCAAGUUUCACAAGCCAUGUAAACUCAUUGACUUCGUUGAGGUUAGAGCAGGAGGUACUGGUUAUGUACAUGCAAGAACACUAACAAAUGAUGAGGAAUGUGGACAGAAAAAGCCUUUUAGCAUCAUCAUCAGUACCGACACGUUUUACAUAACAUUUCGCAGCUAUAAGAGCACAGGACCUAGAGGAUUUAUGGCUGGAUUUGUGGCCUAUGAAAAAACUAAGCCAGGAUUCAAUCCCCAAGUACUGAUCAUGUUUGGAUGCGGCCUACUUCUCAUGAUUCUUAUAGUUUUCAAGAAAUUCGUUGUCCCUGCCCUGUUACGACCACGCAAAAGACUAUUCGAAAAAGGACCGUGGUAUGCUCUUAAGUGUUGCCUGCCUCAAACGUCUUGUGACUGCUGCUAUCAAUGCGCAUGUCAAACGAGAGUGUCAAUGCGCAAACGCAUGUCUUUAAAAAGAAUAGAAGAUUGUCCUUACGAAGGUACACUAACUGCUCCAAUCGCAAGAGAGUGCUUUAUCGAGGAGCAGAAACAAAGCUUGGAUGACCCGAGUAAGGAAWGUACACUUGUAUCCCUGCAAGGGGUGACGGACUAUUUUAUCACUAAAAGUACUUCGGAUUUGCGCUGUGGGCCUUCCAAUGAAGCAUCAUCGCCUUCAUCGAAUCUUCUCCCGACUGAAUCAGAUGACAGAAGGUCUUCAUGUAAAUCAGUUCGAUUUGCMAAUCCUAAAGCUUCAAAUCAGUCAACCAGUACGAUUCAAUGUAGUUAAUGAUAUGAUUGAGCAACGUUGAUGGAUUGGUCUGACGUAUUGGGGGAUGGGACGGAGGGGUAAAUGGUAAAACUAUAUGCAUUUUGAAGUUUUUUAAAUGCGUAAAAGGGGAACAAUAACUGCGCACUAAAUUUUAGCUUCAAUAAAAUAUUUUGAUAUUUCAAAAUGUAUAAAAGUAAUUGUGCCUUUGCAAGGACAGAUAUUUCACAAAGGUUGGUGAAGUCUGUUUUCAAUGUUCAGUAUUGCAUAAUGCAUGCUGCAUGUUGCUCCAGUACUAAGCUUGAAAUCUAUUAUAAUCACUUAUGUAAAUAAUGUAAGUACAGAAGAAACUAUUCCGGAAAAAAACGUCAUGCAGACACGUUUCAGGAAAAUUCGGCUUGGUAUGUAAGAUGCAGCAAAACCUUUACCAACCUUUUUGAAAUAGCUGUAAAGCCCUGCCACGUCUGAUAACUCGAGGGAAAACUAGGUCGAGUUGGCAUUCCAGCGCACUUUGGGCCUGCAUAUUUACGAGAUGGCGUCUAUUUGGUCCCCUAAAAUGGUYCCACAAAACACUGCAAUGCCGACUCUACCCAGUUUAAUGGACUAAUAUCUGCAUGCAGCGAUUCAAAGGUACUCAAUAUUAGGGGUGGGUCCCUGACAUCCUUCUAUGCUUUGCUCUUCACUUGUCAAAACCCAUGACUCGAAACGUUCAGGAUUUAAUAUCAUGACUUUGAAAGACAAAAAUAUAAUGGCACAGCCAUAGAGAACUGUUGUAUGUGAAAAACCAAGACAUAUAGCACGGCACGGUACUGAUUAGAGGAUAUAUUUAAGUCGAUCAAAAUGCGCAAAAUUAUUGGAUGCUGAACCAAUCAGAACUCUUAGACACAGCACCGACAUGGUCACGGUCACGGCCUAACAAAUUAUCCACAGUACUAGUGAGGCCAUAUACUUGUAAGUUUUGUGUAUGGGAAUUCUGAUUGGAUGUGAGCAGCAACCUGUUGCUUGUGUCUAUCACAAGUUGUACAUUCACUUUUUUGCUAUUAUUUUCUUUGUAAAGUAUUUAGAUCCCACAAAGACGUCAUCGCUGGCGUAUUUUCAUUUUACUAUCCAUGACGUCAUUAUACUUUUAAUACGUUGCUUAACAUUGUAUUCCAUUCAUUUUUUGACUACUCACUUGAGACACGUACUACGUAAUGGAACUUCUAGGACUAGAAACAGUCAAACUCUUCAUAUAAUAAAUAUUGCAUGACAUUUUACGGAGAGUUUUAACUUAACAAUUUCCAUCAAAAGAAAGAAAGCGUUUUUUUCGUGUAUUAGCCAUUCUGACGUUGAGAGAAAAACUGAGUCGAGCUGACAUUGCAGUGCAUUUUGGGGCUGUCUUUGAGGUGUGUGUUUCGUCUCCUGAAAUGCACGCCAAUUCCUACUCGAUCAAGUUUACCUGGGAACGGUUAAUUUGGUAGUCGCAGUCCUAUACGUUCCCCAGUACGUUGUAUAAUAUAUUGUUAAUCAGUUUGGCAUUAAAGAAUGGAUUUGCUUAACUGCAA